UACUGUAUGAACAAUUGUUUGUGAUGUGACUGACUCACAUCUUGUAUCAGUGACUUGUCUGUAGAUUUGUGUUCCAUGUGUUGAGUUCACGCACAGACGAGAGCAGCAGCGACGAUGAGUGUAACGACAGCAGCCAGAGGAUUUGUUCUCUUCCUUCUCACUGUGCCAGUGAUACAAGGUCAGAAAGGUUAUGACGUUAAAUACACUUCUACUGAGAUCUGUGGCUUCAUAGGAUCAACAGUGGACAUAAGCUGCACCUACACAUACCCACGCAGAGUGGGUGACCGUGACACCACAGUUCAGGAAUCAUUCUGGUUCAUCAGAGAAAGUGAUGGGAUUCAUGCUGAUCUGAAAUCAGAUCCAGAUUAUUCAGGUCGUGUGGAGUAUGUGUGUGACAACAACAGAUGCACUCUGACAAUCAAAGACCUGAGAGAGAGCGACGCAGCUCUGUACAAGUUCAGGUUCAUAACAAACCAGCCUAGAGGGAGUUUUACUGGUUCACCUGGAGUCACUCUGUCUGUCACAGAUUUACAGGUGCAGGUGGACACAUUAAUGACACAUAAUGAUUUAUAUUACUUCUAUAUUCAUGCAAAGCUCACAUGUCAGAGCAGUUGUCUCCCUGAUCAUUCGUCAUUCAUCUGGUAUGAAGGUCAAUCGAAGGCGACGGAAGGAGCGACUUAUUCAGCUCGUUUUUACUCUUCAGACAGUAUUUCCUGUGCCGUGAAAGGACAUGAGAGUUUUCACUCUCCAUCAGUGUUGAUAUGGAGUCAGAAAGGUUAUGAUGUUAAAUACACUUCUACUGAGAUCUGUGGCUUCAGAGGAUCAACAGUGGACAUAAGCUGCACCUACACAUACCCACGCAGAGUGGAUUACCAGGACACCACAGUUCAGGAAACAUUCUGGUUCAUCAAAGAAAGCAAUGGGAUUCAUGCUGAUCUGAAAUCAGAGCCGGAUUAUUCAGGUCGUGUGGAGUAUCUGUGUGACAACAACAGAUGCACUCUGACAAUCAAAGACCUGAGAGAGAGCGACGCAGCUCUGUACAAGGUCAGGAUCAUAACAAACCAGCCUAGAGGGAGUUUUACUGGUUCACCUGGAGUCACUCUGUCUGUCAGAGACCCACAGCUCCAGAUUAAUGUGAGAUCACUUGCUCACCAUUCUCCCUGGAAAGAGCUGACAUGUCACAGCAGUUGUCAGCUGCCUGAUUAUCUUUCCUACGUCUGGUACAACAAUGGACAGGAAGUUGGAAGAAAAACAAAAUAUCUUCACGUUCAAGUCUUCUCUCCAACAGACAGCUAUCACUGUGAACAUGGGAGUAUCCGUUCUCCUCCAGUCUAUGCUCCAAAGCUUCCCUCUGUGUCAGUGAGUCCCUCUGGUCAGAUAGUGGAGGGCAGCUCAGUGACUCUGACCUGCAGCUCUGAUGCUAACCCAGAAGCUACUUGUAUCUGGUACAAGAAUCAAACAUUGAUUAAAGGAGCAGAGAGAAUUUAUCGCCUCAGUCCCAUCAGCUCUGAGGACAGAGGACUUUACGAGUGCAGCUGUCAGAAUGUCUACGGAACAACAACAACAACAUCUAAAUAUCUACAUGUCCAGUAUGCUCCAAAGUUUCCCUCUGUGUCAGUGACUCUGACCUGCAGCACUGAUGCUAACCCAGCAGCUAAUUACACCUGGUACAAGGACAAUGAAGACUCAGUAAAAGCAACAGGACACAUCUUCACCAUUACUGACAUCAGACCUGAACAUGGAGGACAUUAUUACUGUCAAGUCAAGAACACCAGAGGGAGCCAGAGCGCCAUGUUCAGGUUGAAUGUGACAGUUUCCACUGAAGUAUUAAAAACAGCAAUGACUGGAACAACCGCUGCUGUUUUGUUUGUCAUGGUACUUCUCACCAUCAUCUUUCUGAUGAGAAAAAAGAGGACCUCUGAGCAGCCAUCUGAGCCUGGAGAUAGAGCAAACCACAGUGAACAGUUGGAGGAACUGGUUGAGCCUCACCGUGGCAGCUUCCAGUUCGUGAAGAAGCAGACAGAUGGAAUCUAUUCCAACAUCCAGUCCGGUCCUCACAGAAACAUGAUGAAGCAAAGGGAGAACGAGGAGUGGAGUAUUGUUGAGUAUUCUGCUGUCAGGUUCAGAUCCAGGGGACAGGAAACUGUGGAGGAUCCAACUGCGUCGUACAAUGUGGUCAAAACACCCGCUCACUGACACACAAACCAGUGCUUGUGAAGCAUUUAAGUCCAGGUGUAAAUACUCCAAAGCUACAGCGUUGCAGACCUUCAUGGUCCCUACAGGAUGAAGUUCUCUGAUCUGUGUGAUCCCUGAUCACUUUGUGGAUUCCCUGAUCACUUUGUGGAUUCCCUGCACUAUCGCUUUCUCAUUAAGCCGAACAACUUAAAUAUGUAUCAAACAUUGUAUAACCAGCAGCAUCAUGCACAGUGGUAGUUAUCAGCGUGUUAUAACAUUUGGAUAAAAACCAUGUACAGUAUGUAAAGAUGACAUGACAGCCAAACUCAAGACACACCUUUUCUGAAUUGCCUUCUCCGUUUUUUUAGUGAUAAACU